AUGGUUAGAGUAACAAGGAGUCAAUAUGCAAAGGAAACCCAAGUGUUACCGGUAGCUUCCAACGCGCAAGAAAACGAGCCGGGCCCUUCGCCCGUGGUAGGAAGACCAAGAGGAAGAUCUGCUAAAGCUGAAAAGUCAAAAGUCAAUGAGCAAGCCUCGACCGAUCGUUAUCUAGAUGUGUGGAACACCAUCAAAAAACACAAGGACAAGAGAGGUAGACGUAUUGCGAGACUGUUCACUUCUUUGCCCGACAGAAAACGUUACCCGGAUUAUUAUGAGGAGAUCAAGAGGCCAAUUUCCUUGGAGAUUAUUAAGAAAAAAAUUGAGCGCAACGACUACCAGGACGAGGGGGAGUUGAAAGCUGAUUUAGAAUUAAUGUUUGAGAACGCAAAGAGGUACAAUGUAGAAGGUUCGCAGAUAUACAACGAUGCCGUCGAGUUACAGAUUUUAUCGCGACAAAUGUUGGGAAACCCAGACGAUGUGUUCAAGGUUGAGGUCGCGACGCCCAGCUUCAUGAACGAAAUAGAGCAUAAGGGUGAAAUCUACCGAAUCGGUGAAUAUGUACACAUUGUGAACGAGCGUAAUCCAAGUAAACCGAAUGUCGGGCUUAUUUUCAACAUCUGGAAAGAGCAAAAUAAAGGUUUUGUGAAAAUAUGUUGGUAUUACCGUGCAGAACAAACAAAGCACCAGGCCAGUAAGAAAUUUUACAAAGACGAAGUCUUUAAGACAAACACAUUUCAAGAUCAUCCGAUUGAAGAUAUCAUUGAAAAAUGUUAUGUCUUGCCAAUCAAGGAUUAUGUUUCCGGAAGGCCUAAGAAUAGCGAAGGCAAGAUGAUUUAUGUUUGCGAGUCGAGGUACACGGAACAUGGGAAUACUUUUAGUAAGAUUAGAAACUGGCUAGGGUGUUUGCCCAGAGAUUCGCCUGUUAUAAAGAUAGAAUUAGAUAGAUUUGAGUCACCUCUAGUUUUGAAAAAAAUUGGAAGCCCAUUGACUGCAGCUGCGCAGGCAAACGAAGAAGAUGAGUACGAAUCACGACAUUCAACAAUGUCUGACGUUGAGCCCGAGGAACCCGAGAUGGACUCUGCGCAGACGUCGGAAGCGGAAUCAUCAUAUUCCUCACCGACCGGUAAAAGGUCUCAUAAUAAAACCGCAUCCAAUCGAUUGUCGUCUAUUAGGACCAGAAGCUCGAGGCGGCAACAACCCUCUUACAAUUCGAAUAAUCCUGCUGAUACGGUUGCUACAGCUUCUCCAAGAACCCAACACCCUCACCACUACUCACCAUAUCCUGCCAUUCACCCCUCAUACCAGAUGGCUAAUAUGAAUCCUAUGAUGUAUGGUGGUUUUCAAGAUUCUGGGAUACCACCUCAUUAUGGUUAUUCCUAUCCGAUUCCUUAUCAGCAUCCCCAGUCGCACAUGAUGAUGUCGCCUCAAUAUUCGCAUCCGCAAAAUUAUCCCGUGAUGACGCCGCCACCACCACCAGUUCAACCCCAUAUGAAUCAAAUGCCGAUGCAUCCGGAUGACUCUCUGUCCAAUCCUAUAAGACAACAAACACCAGGAAUUUCUAAAGAGAAAAACCCAAGCAUCGAACUUCCACUGAAGACAGCUGAACAUUUUGUACGCGACGAAAACGGGAAGGUACUUUGGUUCGUAACCCCGCCGAUAGAUGUGACACCAUUACCGCAACCGAUGCAUUCAAUCGAGUAUCUUCACCGAUACGAUGAAAUACAAGCGCGCAAUAAACUCAGAAUGCAAGAGAUUUCAGGUUGCGAAAACCAAAAAAAAAAUGGUGCGAAAAACCAAGAUGCAUUGAAAUUGAAUUCAGUUCAAGAAUCCGAAUUAAUUGAUACGGUUAAGGAAAUAUCAAACGGAUGGAAGGGAGACGCCAUCGCACUCAAGGCGCGACUUGAAGAUCGCUCCUGA